UGUCAUUUUUACAUGCAUUCUGAAUCACAAACAUCUUAAAGACAUCUUAUGAACGUCUAUUUGACAUCUGAUAGGAAACGUCCGUGUUGUACGUGUGCAGAUGCUUGCACGAUCUUUAACAGACGUACGUGUAGCUACUAUUGAUGUCGGCACUGAACUCGUAUCAAGCAUUCGCGUGUUAUAUUUCAUUCCCGGGGAGUUUGCCUGAUGUACGAUUAACAUGUCAGGACAGGGAUUGUUUUACAACCGGAUCUCACGAGCCAAGGUCAGCUAAGAGACGCUCAGAUUACCGGAGAGCUCUUCAGCGUGUGCAGAGUGACUCACUGCACCUGCUGAUGCUUUCAGCUCAUGCGACUCUUCUUUGAAUAUUUUAGAGUUGGACAGUGUGCGUUUGGAACGGAGGGAGGCGGGUCUUCACUGAACACCGAUCAGCUGAGGCGGGACCGUCACACGCGCGCGCUCGUAUCAUAUUUAGCGUUAUUCCCGUGCAUGUCGGAGCGAUGUUUCACUGUCCGAGGAACGUUUCUGGAGCGGCUUUAUUACCGCAGCGCUUCAACUUCACCGGAUCGCCGCGUGUUUUUCACGCGAGCCGCGCAUUGCAUAACCACCGCGCGGUGUGCCGCUCGCGCGUUUACCGGAGAUUAACGGCAGCGAACGCUGUUUUAUCCCGUUCCUGUUUACACGAGACUCCGCCGCCGGAUCUCGCUGCACGCGCGCGAAUGGCGGCUUUUGCUCAGAACGCUGCAGCGCCGCGCCGCGAAUACAGCGAUCGAAGCGUCCUCGGACUCGGUGAACUUGAGUCGUUUCUCUCCGCUCGUUCUCCAGCUCCUGUCGCGAUCCAAACGAGACGAUCAUCCACGACUCCCAAGAAAACGCAAGAAGAACGCACCGCUAACACUCAAACGGAUCAGGUGUCGUCCGUGUCCGGCGCUGAAGGUCAGAGGUCAGAUGAGAAGCCCAGUAAGACGCAGCAGCUCAGGAAGGUGUUUAAGGAGUACGGCGCCGUCGGCGUUUCCUUCCACAUCGGAAUCUCGCUCAUUUCUCUGGGAAUGUUCUACCUCGCUGUAUCCAGUGGGAUUGACAUGGCGGCUCUGCUGUGUAAGCUGGGCUUCAGUGAGUCUGUGGUUCAGUUGCGGAUGGCGGCCGGCACCAGCACGUUUGUGUUAGCGUACGCCGUGCACAAGCUCUUCGCUCCGCUGCGGAUCAGCAUCACGCUGGUGUGUGUGCCGCUCAUCGUCAGACACCUCAGGAGGACGGGACUGUUCAGAGCCGGACCGUCCGGCCCGUGAGCGCUUCAUUCAUCCUCCACUCACGACACUAACAUACUACAGUGCAUCUCUAGAGCGUACAGUACCUCAUACAGACACAAAUCAUGUGUACGCCAUGCUUUGGGUGCAAGCGUGUGAAUAUUAACACGCGUGUGAUGAAUCGAGUGCCUCUUUCUGAUCAGGACUUUAGUUUUAAGCUCUGCAGUCUUUAUGGAGUCUGUUGGCAUUUCUUCAUUUUAGCAGCUGUGAUUUUUGUAAAUGAAAGAGUUAAUGAAGGACUGUAAUGUGUUGGUUUGUUUUAUAUUCUAAGACGGUUGAAUUAAUUUUCUUCACACUAAUGUGAAUCACCUAAUGUGGAUUUUUAAGGAGAUUUCAGGACAAUUUAGAAUUUUGACUGUUAAUUAUAUUGAAAUUCUCAUUGUGUAAUAUUAAUGGAAAUCUUAAUAAUGUUAUAUAUGGCUGUUUAAUUAUAUAAUAAAAUAUUUGCUCUAUAAGGUC